AUGUUCCACGAACACUUGCCAGCCCUGCAUCUGGCUUAUUCAAAUCCCAUUGUACGUCAGCUGCUGAUCGAAAUGCACGUAAUCUUCGAAAAAUGCCGUCAGUCUGCUCAACUUGGAAGAAUAACAGCCCUUGAAACAUUGUCAAUAUCACGCGAAUAUCGGUCUGCGCUACUUCACUGUGCAGACGAGAUUGGAGGUGACGAUGAAAAUGUCUAUAUGCGUGACUUCACCAUCUGGACUCUCUUCGAAACUAUGUUUUUCAAGCAAGGAGAUACUCCAAUAUGCCUUGAUCUCAUCUCAUGGGGCUUGGAAUCAUUCACAUUUAUUGAUAAACUUGUACAGAAAGCCUUCAAGGAGUUGGACGAAGGUGUGGAUGUUGGUGGUGGAAGUUACUGGAGAACGGUGUGCAUGACAUUGAUAGGUUGUCGUUUUGACACCUGCAUCGACUUCUUGAGCCUUUUGAAAGGAGAUAAAGCAGCUGAGAGGUUCAUCAAUAUAUUGAGCAAUUUGGAUUGGAACUGGUUGACUGAUGAAGGAAAGAUCCCAAAGCUGGACCGAUGGAAGCAUGAGUUAGCGUCAGCCCUCUCUUCUGGUGCCUUCACCAGCAAUCGCAACAUUCUUUUCUUGGCACAGUUGUUGAAUGGUGACAGAAAGGUAAGUGUGUUCUAGCC